UUUCCACCACCGCUAUUAAAAUACUACAGUACCAUUGCUGCCACUACCGCUACUACUAGUACUAGCCUACUAGGAGGAGGAGUUGUACUACACGAGAGCCCACCACCGCCAACUAGCCGCCGCGAACGGAUCCUUCCUCCCCGACAGCUCUGCAGUAACCGCUGUGCCCUCCCUCCCUUCCACUGCCUUCCCUGCCCACCCCCACCCUCGUUAUCAUCAUCUACAGAAGAUUAAGAUUGAUUAUUCUGAGAGACGGAGCCAACAGCACGAUUUUUUCUUUUAUUUUUUUUUUGGCCUCCCCCAAACUUAAAAUAAUAAUAAUAGUAAAGCAUAUGAAAUCAGUAGUAUUAGGGAUUCUUCACCCUAUAUCUAACCUUUCACCUAACCCUUUCUAUACUCCAGCUCCAACUCCGCCAAUGCCUUCCUUCACUAUUCACCCCUCUCCCUCCCUUUCACCUGCCUUCCGUCAUCCUCCGCGGCUCCUCUCCUUUACGCCGCCUCCGCUCGGCCUCCGACUUCCUCCGUUGCGCCGCCCCCCCGCUUUGCUUUUCUCUUUCACCGCCUCUCACGACGAUUCCUCGAAGCCUACAAGCAUUGAGGUGGAGAAGGAAACCAAUGAUCUUGAAAAGGAAGCUGACGAACCACAGGAUGCCUGGAAAGAAACUCUAUCUUCUUUCAAAGAACAAGCCCUCAAGAUGCAGACCGUAUCGCAAGAAGCUUAUCAAGUGUACUCUGACAGAGCUAGGGUCAUUUUAAAAGAAACUUCUGAGAAAUUAAAAGUUCAAGCCGAGAAGGCAAGACAAGAGUUGAGCGUGAUUGCCUCGGAAAUCAGCCAGGAGGGUAAGGAAUACCUGUCUAAUGCUGCUGACAAUUAUCCCGAGCCCGUAAAGGACAUCGUCGAAACGUUUGCUGCCUCCACUGAUGAUUUGAAGGAAGUUUCUAAAAUGCGUGACUUUUACCUAGGAAUACCAUAUGGUGCGCUUCUUUCUGCUGGCGGCUUUCUUUCUUUCAUGUUCACCGGAAGUGUCUCUGCUGUAAGGUUUGGUGUUAUACUUGGCGGUGCUCUUUUGGCCCUAAGUAUCUCAAGUUUAAGAUCGUGGAAGAAAGGAGAAUCAUCUUCUCUGGCCUUAAAAGGGCAGGCAGCAAUUUGUACAAUAUUAUUUCUACGGGAAGUACGCUUGCUGUUUUGUAGACCAUUUAUUGCCAACUUCAUCACAGCAUUUGUCAGUGGUGUGGCAGUUGCAUUCUAUGCUUAUAGGAUUAUAAUGGAUCGCGGGCAAGCACAAGCAUCAAACUUGGAAAGAGGGACAGAAAGUUAAUUUUCUCACAAGGAUGCUUCAGUUUCAUGUGGUUGAGGAAGCGAAGCGGAAAUUGGAACUGAGUUCUCAGUCAAAAGUUGCUGGAUAAUGCUCUGAUAGUACACCAAACAUUGCUGCUGUAUAAACUGUGGCUUGUUCCAGCGUCCUUGAAUAUAAUUUUAAGGUGGACAGAGUUUGCAGAGUAACAGAGUGGUUCUUUGGUGAAGUGAUCGUAUCAUGUGCCUUGUUUAGCUCUUGAGAAUACGACUCUGACCCCCCAAAUAAAAUGGAGGAUGCUCUUUUCUUACACUGACGGCUAAGCGGCUUGUAACCUUUUUGCGUGUAAAUCAGGAUGUCCAGAAACUAAUGUCCUCGAGCUGUAAUCUACUUCAAGCUUGGUUUAUUUGCUAUGGAUUGCUAUAAUACAAAGAAGUUUUCUGAAGCUA